AUGGCAAGCUGCCAACUGAUACUACUCACCAUCUCAAUGCUGCUGGUCUCUUUUGCCAUCCCGAUGAUCACAGCGUAUGAACACGCUCCAGCCAAGCCAGCAGGGAAGCCCAUUGAUGCAGUGGUUGAAGGUCUGGUUUACUGCCAGAGCUGUGAUAGCUAUGGAUCGUGGUCUUUCACCGGAGCAAAGGCCAUUGCAAAGGCUAAAGUUAGUGUGAUCUGCAAAGAUUACAGGAGACGAGUGAGUUUCUAUAAGGCGUUUGAAGCAGAUGAAAAUGGCUACUUCUAUGCAGAGCUCAAAGGCUUCAAGAUGGGGCAUUCUUUCUUGGACCAUCCGCUCCACUCUUGCAAAGUGAAACUAGUGUCAUCGCCUCUUGAAAACUGCAGCACUUUCACCAAUGUCAAUGAUGGACUGAAUGGUGCCCCUCUCAGAUAUGAAGACAAAACUAUAGUUCGACCUGAUUAUGAGGCUGUGAUUUAUACUGCAGGACCCUUGGCCUUUCGACCAGCUUACUGCCCUCCUAAAGCAAACUAAGUGCCAAAUAAUAUUUCACCUUUCUCCUAUCCAUUAAGUUACCAGAAUUAAUCUGCAUUUUGUAACAGUGUAUGACCUUUAUUUUGCAACUGUAA